CACUCACCAAUAAUGUAUGAUUCAUUUGGCUCAUUCGACGUUUAGGUUUUGGAUGUUGAAGGUUUGAUGGGUUUGAUUUCUGUGCAUAACUGAUAACGAUAUAUCGAUUAUGAACAAGGUCGAUCCCUUAUAUUCGAUUCCCGCAUUCUAUGCGGGAAAAAGUGUUUUCAUAACUGGGGCGAGUGGAUUUAUGGGGAAAAUUCUGAUGGAGAAGUUGCUGCGUUCGUGUCCAGAUAUAAGAGAAAUUUUUAUUCUCGUGAGAGGCAAAAGGGGAGCUGGAGUGGAUGACAGACUUCGAAAGAUGUUGGCACUUCCGGUGUUUGAUAGAUUGCGCAAGGAAUGCCCAUCGGCUUUUGACAAAGUAAUUCCAAUCGCUGGGAAUACUGCAGAGGAGGGUCUGGCAAUACCGGAUGUCGAGAGGAGGGUUCUUAUCGAACGAGUUUCAGUAAUUUUUCACGUGGCCGCUAGUGUCAGAUUUGACGAUAGUUUAAAAGAUGCAAUUUUUCUUAACACUAGGUCUACCAGGGACAUAUGUAUCAUUGCCGCUCAAAUGAAAAAUCUCAAGGUCUUUGUCCAUGUGAGUACGACUUAUUGUCAAGCUGAUAAGCCAGACGUUGAGGAGAGAGUUUAUUCCUUUGAUGUAGAUUGGAAGAAGGCGAUAACAAUUGCUGAGAAGGUGGACGCUGAACUUCUCAAACCGCUCACGGCCAAGUACCUAGACAAUUUUCCAAACACCUACACUUUUACAAAACGGCUCGCAGAACAAAUAGUCUCCGACUACUCCCACGUCAUUCCUUGUGUCAUCUUCAGGCCAUCAAUCGUGAUAUCAUCGUUGAGCGAGCCCAUAGCCGGAUGGAUCGACAACUUUAAUGGUCCAGUGGGGAUGAUGAUCGGGGGUGGCAAGGGUAUUCUCAGAAUUCUCUUCGGGGACGAACGUCUUAAUGCUGAUUUCAUUCCUGUGGACAUUGCCAUCAAGGCUAUGCUAACUGCCAGUUGGAAGCGUGGACUCAUACCGAUAACUGCGGAUAAAUCUGUGCACGUGUACAAUUGUGCGUCAGCUGACGUCAAAAGUGUUUCCUUCGAGGAACUCAAUAACAUGGGAAUGCGUGUAAUUCAUGAGUAUCCGCUGGAGGGUAAUAUCUGGCGUCCAGGAGCAUUUCACACAAAAUCCAAAACAGUGUACUACAUAUUAGUUCUCCUACUUCAUCUUCUGCCUGGGAUGGUCGUAGAUGCAAUUAUCAAGUCUACUGGACGCAAGCCGAUGCUGGUGAACCUCCAUAGAAAAAUCUACAGUGCAAAUAGCGCUCUUGCAUACUUCCUCAUGAAUCAAUGGAACUUCCAGAAUGCGAAAAUGAGGAGCUUAUUGAGCGACGUACCACCAGCUGAUGUUGAUGAUUUCGGUUACGAAUAUGCUAGUUUUGAUGUAAAUCUCUACUUCAAACAGUGUCUGAUUGCCGCCAAACAAUAUCUGCUAAAAGAAGACCUGGCUAAUCUACCCGCGGCGAGACUCCACUAUGAAAGGAUGGUAUGGAUCGACAAAAUCUUCAAGACGUUCUUUGCAGCCUUCAUCAUUUGGAUGAGUUUCCACUCUGGAUUAAUCAAUUGGACGCUAUCAACUUUAGAUUCUUUUGGCACAAUACUCACUAGUACAUAGAUACAAUCACGGUCUAAGCAUUGGAAAAACUUGAAAUAUCCAUUGCAUCAGGGCCACCUCUCUUUCAUCAAGCAAUUACCCAUAAAUUUACUGUUUUAUGGACAAAUGCAUCGUGAAAAUAUAAAAUAUCAGCCGGUGGAGUUGGCAUAGGUCGGGUAAAUGAGCGUCAAUUGUAUUCCUCAUGCAGCCACUUGUACUUUAUGAAAAAAAUGUGAAGGAUAUGUAAAUGAACUCCAUAACUCAAUGUCCGUUAAGUGCAUAAAAAAUGGCUAUUGGAAUGCUUUGUUGUGAAAUAAACAUGCAUUUAACGUUAUCUGCAAAAAACGACUAUCUAAAUUCAAAAAGUGGUAAAAGCACUGACGCACUACACAUUCACUAAGAAUGUUAGCUUGCGCGGAUACAAAUUUACGCCCGUAAAUUAUGCCAUCUAACAUAUUUCUGCAAAAAUUCUAGACGAAUGCUAUAUUUAAGGAAUAUCCUGUUAAUAAAUGUACCUCUUGUAUAUCA